GUAGUUCAGAGUGGGAAGAGGAAUUAGAAACUGCAGCUGUUUUUGCAGUUUUGGACGAAGAAAAUAAAAAAUCCACCCGAUCGUGCUGGGUACACGAUAUUAAUAAAAAAAGGUUAAAAUUGGGAGAAUUCCAUCGUCUAGUUCAAGAACUACGAAACGAUCCAAGACGAUUUCAUAUGUAUUUCCGAAUGACGAAAGAAGAAUUUGAUUAUGUACACGACCUUAUUAAAAAAGACAUACAAAAACAAAGCACACAAUUUCGAAAACCUAUUAGUACCGAAGAAAGGUUAGCUGUUUGUUUGAGAUUUUUAGCGUCAGGAAACUCCUUUAGAAGUAUUGGUUUCAAUUACAGAAUGGGUUUCAGUACAGUUAGAGAAAUAGUUAAAGAAGUUUGUGAGGCAAUAUGGGACAAUUUAGGGCCACUUGUUAUGCCAGAACCCACAGAGGAAAUGUGGAAAAAAGUUGCAGAAAGAUAUAAAACCAUGUGGCAUUUUCCAAACUGUAUAGGGGCUAUAGACGGUAAGCACAUCAAUAUACAGUGCCCUAUUAAUGCCGGAUCCACGUAUUACAAUUACAAGGGAAGCCACUCUAUUGUUCUAUUAGCGAUAGUAGAUGCAGACUACAAGUUCAUUACAAUUGAUGUCGGAUCGUACGGAAGGAACAGUGACGGAGGAAUUUUUUCUAACUCAAUUAUUGGUAAAAAGUUGCACAACAACACACUCAAUAUACCAAAACCUAAUCCUUUAUUAGAAAAUGGAGAUCCGUUACCAUAUGUCUUUGUCGGAGAUGAAGCGUUUCCAUUAAAACCGUAUUUGCUGCGUCCAUACAGCAGAAAUAGUUUAGGAGACAAUGAACCUAAUAAAAUAUUUAAUUAUAGAUUAUCACGGGCACGACGUGUCGUUGAAAAUGCUUUUGGAAUUCUAGCUGCAAGAUGGAGAUGUUUCCGAGGUCACAUUGAAGUACAACCAGAAUUCGUUGAUAAAAUUGUUCUCGCAUCUUGCUGUUUACAUAAUAUGUUGUGCACAGACAAUGAGUUUGAACCCGACUUAGAAUUAAAUCAAGUUCCAGAAAAUGCUUUUUUAAAUAUAGAUGCUCUACGAAGAAAUAGCACUCGAGAAGCAACUCAAAUUCGAGACGCAUUUAAAGAUUAUUUCAAUUCUGAUGCUGGUAGUGUAGUAUGGCAAGUCGAUAGUGUUAGAAAAGGAAGAAUACAUACUUAGUUUAAUUCUUACGAC